UUUUCCAUCCAAUCCAAGCUAAAGCAAAGCUAAUCUAAAGGAAGCCAAAUUAAGCAGCGAGUUCGUGAGUGAGUUCCACGGCAAAGCGGUGGUGCUUCUCGGGUCGCCAGUAUUCGCGUGUUCUUAAGUUUCUCUUUGUGUAAAAUUGCCAAGUACUCACCACAAAGAAGUUUUAAGCAUCAGCAAUGUCAUACUGCAAGUCCUAUGGCAAGGAUAAAGUAAUAUUUGUGACUAGGGAAGAUCACGAAAAGCCCAGUACAAUAAAACUACCCGAUGAUCCCGAAGAUGAUAGGCCGGGACUUAUUCUCCCCAAUGGUGACAUUAACUGGAACUGUCCGUGCCUCGGUGGAAUGGCCGCCGGCCCUUGUGGUGCCCAGUUUCGCGAGGCCUUCUCCUGUUUCCACUACAGCACCAGUGAAACAAAGGGCAGCGAGUGCUUCGAACACUUUCGUUCAAUGCAGGACUGCAUGGCACAGUAUCCCAACCUUUACCCCAUGGACAAAGACGAGGACGACGAUAGCGCCAGUAAACAGGAGACAUUGUCUGUGGGCGAUGCGCAGUCUUCUCAGACGGGAACAACGCAGGAAGAGAACACUGCCGCGCAUUCGGUUGAGGACAAACGUGUGGUUAGCAAUUGACCAAAGUAGCGAGUAACACAUCUAGGGUAUAAUUAAUUACGUUUUGUGUUCAACUGUCAGUAGACUAAGUCAAAAUAGCGGUAACAUGCAGAUGUAUGAGAGAGUUUUUUUUUUUUUUUUUUUUUAGGCAAGUCACACGUUAUGUUUCAAAGCGUGCCAGCGUGGCUUUAUGCCAGUGUCGCACUUUUCCGUUUCGUGGUAGUACAGUCGAAAAGGUUUGAGGCAGUACAGUCGCAGCAACUAAGCUCUCAUUUUGGGUGUUUGCGCAAUUUCGGGUAUAAAUUUAUCUUCCACCUCGGUUGUGAAAAUUUUGUCAUU